GCAGUCAGACAGUCAGGCAAGCCGCCCGGCAAGCAAGGAAGGCAGACAGGCUAGCAGGCAGCCAGUGCACCAGCCAAGACCACUAGAUCCGCUCGGCUUACCGACUUAGAGACUUAAGCCGGCAGGCAGUCCGAAAGGCUCAACCGGCUAAGCCUGGCGGACCCACCUACUACCGACGCGCGGCCACUACACGUUCCAUCUACUACGAAAACCGGCUACACUACCGCGACCUGCAGCACCCGCUCGCGCUUUCUUACGCUUCCUCCGUCUCUCCCUCUCUCUCUCUCUCUUUCUCUCUCUCUUUCUCUCUCUCUCACACACACACGCACACAUUCUCCAUCCACGCUGUCUGUCUGUCGUUCCUUAACGCGUGGCCACGUUAAGGUGAGAAGAGCAGCGGGACUAACGGAGCGUAGCCGGCGCGCCACGUUUCCACGGGGUUUCCGCUCGCCGAUCGUCCGUCCUCGUGAUGUCACGCCGCUGUCCUCGCGCCGAAUUUUCGCCCUCGGCCAACUCGUGAACCACGCAUUUCGCGCGAACCACGAGUCCAUGGAAAUCCUUGGUGUUGCCUCCGGUGGUGGCUCGUGGUGAACGAUCCGAUCCGCCCAAGUCCAGUGUACAUAACGGUAUAUACGUGUAUACGAAGGUGUCGCGGUUCUGUGAUGUCUGUCCACGCCUGGAUAUAUAAUACGUAUACGUAUACCUUGUGAUCCAAGUUCGAAGAGGAGGCUGGGAACAGUGCAGUGAAGGGAUUCGAUGUCCAGUGAGAGUCCAGUUUCGAGUUUCGAGGGAAGAAUCGAUAGAGAAAGGCCGCGUGUCUUUCUGUACCUGACAACCUUCUCAGAAGAAUCCUCCCUCCUGGAAGAAUGAUCGGAGAUUGAAUGACGGAGAGAGAGAGGCAAGUGAGAAUCUGGCAAGUAUCCGCGCGAGGAUACGAUGUGCGGUAGAUACGCGCAAUUUGACGUCUGUCAUUUGAUCGAGGUGUGCGCGGCUUCGACAUAAGUGCGAUCUACUUAAACCGCUUUUCGUUUCUACUCCAAAUCUCCCACUAUUAUCAUCUUGAUCGUCCUUACGUAACGCGUGUACGCGCGUCGUUUGUCCGCGGUUAUCUGAUUAAUCAGUCGGUUCUAUCCAAGGCGCGUGUGAUCUUCGCCACGCGGUGCAAGCAAACUCAACCUUGCCUCAACCGAUUCUAUGGAAGUAUCAAUCGUCCUCGACCACCCUCCUCGUGCGCCACCGUCAACCAACCCUCGUGCCCUCCACGAAGCCGCGACGAGCCCAACGCUCCCCCACCGACCCAAUCCGACGGGACGACGCGUUCUUCGAUCGCCGAGUAAAAAACUAUCCUCCAAUUGACUAACCCAUAUGACUAACCUCGUCAAAACCGGCAGUCGUCAAGUGCAAUCGUCCGUGCAAUCGUCGACCGACGAUAAUAACCGAGAAAUCCGCCAUCUCUGACGUUCGCCGCAUCUCGAGAGAAGAGGAAGAGGAAGAGGAAGAGCAUCGUUGCGGAUUUCGAGCCGACGGCCGUCGCCGUGAUAAAAGCGCGCGACAUUGCAUCGCCUGGACAAUUGGCUCGGGGACGUUCGAUGCGUUCCUGAGGCGAAGGUCGAGGGAUAGAGACGAGGUCCCCAGAGAUCGGUUUGAUCCGCGGCAAACGUCCUCGCGACGGGGGGUGGCACACGUUGAUCUUGGCUCGCGUUGUACAGAUCAGUCAACACGACGUUAACCUUCUACAGUAUGGAAAGGGGCAGCGGGGGCGGGGGGAGCCUCGAGCUAGCCGGCGGCGGAGGAGGAGGCGGCGGGAACACGGAUCUAUGCCUUCAGGAUCUGGUGACGGGAUCGACGGCCGGCCUGUCGGUCCAGCAUCACCAGCACUCGGCAGCUGCCGCGUCCAUGGCAGGCCUCCACGGCGACCACCUCCAAGGAGCGAUGCACCACCACGAUCUGCACGGGAACUCGCACCACGACGCCUCCAUGCUGCACAAUUCGAACCAUCAGUUGCACGAGCCGCUGGAGAAGCUGAAACGUGUAUGGGCACAGGGCGACUUCCGGGACGAGGUGACCGGGGGUUUGGCAAGGCUCGAUUUGACGGGUCACGGAGCUCACACUCCCGGUGGAAGCAACCCCAGCACACCGGGUGCGACACCCACGACACCCUCCGGUGGAUUUUCUACCGCACAACCUAGGUCCCGCACGAACACGACACACAGGCCGGAUAUCCGAAAAGAUGUUGCGACACCGACAGAGGUGAAACACGAAUUGGGAGCCGGUGGAGGGGUUGUCUCCCCUGACGGUGUGGUUGGGGUAAAUAACGCGGACGAUAAGGAUGGAAAGAAGAACAAACGCCAGAGGCGGCAGAGGACGCAUUUCACGUCCCAACAACUUCAAGAGCUCGAGGCUUUGUUCAUGAGGAAUCGGUAUCCAGAUAUGUCGACCAGGGAAGAAAUAGGUCUGUUCACCAAACUUCCAGAACCUCGUGUCAGGGUAUGGUUCAAAAAUAGGCGGGCGAAGUGGCGGAAGCAGACGCGAAACGCGAACACCGCGGCGGACACGGUCGACUUCAAGCCCGGUUUCGGCGCCAGCUUGAACAGCUUCAUCGGCCAGCCGUUCGCAGACCCGGACGCCCUCUACAGCUCGUACAGCCCGUACAACAACUGGGCGGCCAAAGUGCCCUCGCCUCUGAGCAGCAAAAGCUUCCCUUGGGUGAACACCCUGGGCUCGGUGGUUCCGACGGCGUCGCACCACCAUCAUCACACCCAAGUCAGCCCCGUCAACUGUUUCAACGCCGCGGCGACGUCCGUGGCCGGGAACCACAUGGGCGGGAUGUCCGUGUCGGUUGGCCAGGCGGCCACCUCCAUGCUUCCUGGAAUGGGCUCCGGGCUGGGGGUGGCCGGUUCACCGGUCGCGGCGACGGGAGCCGCGUGUCCUUACGCGGCACCCGCCGCGCCGCACCACCCUUACGGGCCGUCAGUGUACACCCCGCACCACAGAACAGCGGCAGCCCCGGAGAGCUGUACCGUGAUGACGUCGAGCAGCAUCGCCUCCCUUCGACUGAAGGCGAGGCAGCACAGCAGCGGCUACAGCCUGAGCGGGAACUCGUUCGGCAUGGACAGCACGCCGGUCUCGGCGGCCGGCAGCCCCGUCGGCUCGAGGGCUCCGUCCGUGGGCGGGGGCCCUCUGUCGGCGUGUCAAUACGCGCUGACCACGGCCGGCGAGGGGAACCCUCACUCGCCGAGCAGCGCGGAGGCCCACGUGAACGCGACGGCCAGGGCCCAGGUCUGA